AUGAGCGAGACGUUUACACGUCAACUACAGCUGCAGCGAUCGAUCGAGCGGUCGCUCGACAACUUCAAAAAACUUGGGCGGACCAACCUAACACCGGCAAAGGUACGGUCGCGACUCUCAGCUCUAAAGGAUCUCUGGCGGCAAUUCCAAGACGGGAACACCGUGCUCCUGGAGACUGUUCCGUCGCCCAUUCAACAAACCCAGGACUACUUCGUGGAGCGCCGCUACGAGUCGACGGAAGAGAUGUACCAAUGCACCGUUGACUUUAUGUCGGAAAUUCUGGAGGAGAUCGAGCCGCCUCGACCUGAGGCUCAGGAAGCGAACAACUCGGUUAUCGUGCAACCGAGCUCGAACGGGAACUCGAGCGUUGAAGUUACUUCGAUGAUCGCGUCAUCUUCGAAAGCGCAACAUACGCCGGUUCUCCUCGCGACCGCGCGCGUCCGAGUAGGGACGUCCAAUGGGCGCUCCCUCGAAAUUCGCGCUCUCCUCGAUCAGGGCUCCGAGAUGACGUUCAUCUCGGAGCAUCUCGCUCAACUCUUGCGUGCGAAACGACACCGCCUGCCUACGUCGGUGUCCGCCGUCGGCGGCGUUCAUGCCGGCACAUAUCGCUUCGCCGCGCGGAUCUCUCUUUCGUCUCUUUCGUCCGAUAAUCCGUCUAUCACGACGAACGCGUUAAUUCUUAACACGCUCACAUCAUAUUCGCCGAAACGAGCAAAGGGUGUCGCAUCGCUUCGGCAUCUCGAGGGCGUCGUCUGGGCGGAUCCGGAUCCUACCAGUUUGGAACCGAUUCACCUCAUUAUUGGCGCGGAACUCUAUGGUGAGGUAAUGCUAGAGGGCCUUCGAAAAGGUCUCCCUGGCCAGCCGAUCGCGCAAAAUUCGAUAUUUGGAUGGGUCAUAUCAGGUCCGACGUCGUCCAUUCUCGCCGCUCAAACUCACUCGCGCCCGUGCGAAAUUAACUCGAGUCAUGCUCAUCACAUCGCGGUUCAUCACUGUGUCACUGAGUCCUCCUUGGAGGAGGAGAUCAAACGAUUUUGGGAGGUCGAGGAGCUUCCCGACCGCCCGCAUACGGCACCUGACGACGUAGCUUGCGAGAAACAUUUUCUCGAAACGCAUUCACGCACCGCGACGGGACGGUACGUCGUGCGUCUUCCUUUUCGAGCCGGUCCUCCAAUCGCAAUCGGAGACUCUCGCUUUCGCGCGGAAAAGCAGCUCAACACGCUCGUGAGGCGGCUGCACCAGCAGCCUGAUAAGUUUCGCGAGUACCGCGCUUUCUUGAAGGAGUACGAAUCUCUCGGGCAUUCGCGCGUGGUUUCACGCGCCUCGAACACGUUAGCGCCGUGCGUCUUCCUUCCUCAUCACCCGGUCUUCCGCGAAACCAGCACAACAUCGCGGUUGCGGGUCGUCUUUAACGCGUCUAGCGUCACGUCGAACGGAUCCUGUCUAAAUGAUCACCUCCUGUCUGGUCCGAAAUUGCAAGCCGACUUGCCCUCGGUCAUUCUUCGCUGGCGACAGUUUAAGUUUGUCUACACCGCCGACAUUGCGAAGAUGUAUAGACAGAUCUUAGUCGACCCGCGCGAUCUUAAUUACCAGCGAAUCUUGUGGAGGGAUUCGUUGGACGAUGCAGUCGAGGAGUAUCAACUCCUCACUGUGACGUACGGCACAGCUUGCGCUCCUUUCCUCGCUCUCCGAGUCUUACGUCAAUUGGCGCGUGACGACGGUUCGCGUUUUCCGGUUGCCGCUGCCGUGCUACUCAACCACAUCUACGUCGACGACGUGUUAUUCGGUCACGAGAACGCUCGCGAGCUUCGAGACGCUCGCGACCAACUCAUCAAUCUCCUCCGACUUGGCGGUUUUGAGCUUCGGAAAUGGGCGAGUAACUCCGCAGAUCUUUUGACUGACAUUGACGCCAAUGACCACGGUAUCGCGUGCAGCAAGUCUCUGUCCGAUUCCGACCAUGUUAAUAUUCUCGGCAUAGGAUGGAACCCAAAAUCCGACGCCUUUCACAUUAAAGUUUCGAUUCAGGACGAGAUGCCCACGACGAAACGGUCAAUUCUGUCUGCCAUCGCGCGCCUAUACGAUCCACUGGGAUGGGUAACGCCCGUCGUUCUCGCCGCGAAGGUAAUUAUUCAACAGCUGUGGCGACUCAAGGUCUCGUGGGACGAACGCGUCCCCAAUACCAUUCUUCAAAGAUGGCAACUCAUUUACGCCGGUAUCCCGCGUUUAAACGAACUUUACAUUCCGCGAUGGUCCGGACUCACGUCGACCGCGAGAAUCGAAUUGCACGGCUUCGCCGAUGCAUCUAAUGUUGCUUACGCCGCUGUUGUGUACGCGAGAGUCACUACCGCGUCCGAAAAAAUUGUAAUCACUCUGUUGCAAGGGAAAUCUCGCGUCGCGCCGCUCAAGACUCAGAGUGUUCCUCGCCUAGAGCUGCUAGGAGCAACGCUUCUCGCUCGUCUCCUCGAGUUCGUGCGCUCUGAAUUGAAUCUCACUGGUGCCCCGUGCGUGUGCUGGUCCAAUUCGACUAUAGUUCUUGCGUGGCUCCGACAGCAUCCGUCAAAGUGGAAGACGUUCGUCGCGAAUAGAGUCGCGGAGGUGCAGGGCCGGCUGCCGGGCGUCGAGUGGCGGCAUAUUGCGACCGCCGACAAUCCGGCGGAUUGCGCGUCGCGCGGUCUCCUCGGAGGCGAACUUGUGUCUCAUCCCUUGUGGUGGCAAGGGCCGUCGUGGCUCAUGCUUUCGUCGGACCUCUGGCCGACCGACUCAGAGGAGUUGCCUGCCGACGCUCCUCUUGAGACAAAAAAGCACUCGCUGCUAACAAAUCGGACUACCAAUUCGUGGGAUCUCGCGGAGAGAUUUUCUUCAUGGCCUAAGCUCAUUCGCGUAACCGC